UGCCCCCGGUGGGGCCUUUAUCGGUUUGCGGUGGUCACCGUGGUAGAGAGAGAAUGGUAGAGCAAGGAUAGGUUUGUGUGUGUGUGUGUGACAGAAGUUUGUAGGGCAUAGGUGUAGGCGUGAGUGAGUGAGGGGAGAGGCAGAGGCAGCCGCUCUCAUUUCGUCUUCCUCUUUGCUCCUCGUGAUGUGCGCGCAUUGCUGCUGCUGAAGCUGAGCUCUCUCCGUUUCAACUCUUCUCCAAAGGAAAACCCAACAUUUCUUCCCUUCUCUCUCUCCAGCUCCGCCUCCUUGUCCUACUCGUCGGCGGCGCUCCAGCUAAACCCUAGUCCCGUCGCCGCCGCCACCGCGGUUCUCCUGCCGGGCCCCGUGAUGCCGCUUCUUGAUCCAGGAAAGCUGCCUCUUUGGUCACCGAACUGCAGGCAACCACUGGUCCUAACCUGAGCUGCGUCAGCGGUUGGAUGGCCUCCCCAGAUGCGGUUGUUAGUUGUGAGGCCGCAUGAGUUAAUGCUCUACUAGGCGCAGCUCCGGAGGCAGCAGAGGGCUUUUGAGAAAGAUGGGUUCUUCAGGUUGCUCAGAGAUAGUCGAAUUGGUGGAUGAGUCGAAGGAUGCCCGUCCUGGUGGUGUCACCCACCUGAGGGUGAGAGUGAAGCCGGUGGGUCAGGAGCAUGGAGCGCGGUCGUGCUCCGUCGAGGAUGAUCUCGAUAGGCUCAUUAGAUCGAUUAAUGUGCGCACAUCCGCACGGGCUUCUGGGCAGACGAGCACGGAUAGGAGGCUUAUCGCGCUCGGGAAGUCGCCGAUAUCGAGCUCGGAGAUUGUUGAGUCUGUGAGCCUGAAACAGGCCCUGAGGAAGAUGUGCAUCUCGCAGGCGUCGGAGAUGGCCGCCAUGAAGAGGAUGCCGAAGCCGACGGCGGUGUCAAAUACCCCAGAAGCUGGGGCAAUUAAGAAGCUUUAUACAUCUGUUGUGGUUCAAACCAACAAGGAGCGGGAUGAAAAGAAUAAGUUUGGAAAAGUGUCCGUUUUGCCUGAGAAGGAUGUAAUAAGUUCAUCGGUGAAGUCAACGGAAGCCAAGAACAAGGUACGGAACAAAAGCCCAGCUAAGAAAAAUGUGCGUUCAGCAUCUCCAACCACAACAAAGGUCCAGAAAACCAGAAUCCAAGAUGUGAUCAGUAAUAAGUCAUCUGAGGCAAGUGAAGAUUUGCCUGCAGGUCCUGCGGUGGCUAAACAGAGAAAGGGCAAAAUGAAAACAUCUAGCCCCCGUGCAGUUCCUGUGGGCGGUUCACGCCUGGUGUUCCGGAGUAAAACCUCCACCAAGAAGAAGGUCAAACCAGAACCAGCUGCUGCAGUGGUAUCUCACAAGACUUGUGAGGCAAAAAGUUCCAAUUCUCAAGCUAAUAAGAAGCACGAGGCCCUACAGGAUGAACCCAGAACUCCAACACCAAUCAACAAGAAGGCUGCGGCUAGCUCUAUCAGCACUGAUGGAGCUAAUUGUGGCACCAAAGGAUGUGGUGUUGGUGAGAUCCAUGGUUCAAAGCCCAGUGAGUUGUCAAGAUCGAAGGAAAAGGGUGAAUGCUCCCAAAGCUCAAAGAGCAGCAUGGGUGAUUAUAGCACCAGCACAAGCAUAAGCGAUGAUAGUUAUGGUAGUUUCAGUGGCAAUGGCUGCAGGCCUCACAUGUCAAAAGAUGUGAGAUGGGGGGCCAUUAGGCGCAUGGCAAUCCAACAAGGGAGCCUGGGACUGAAGAACUUCAAGCUUCUCAAACAACUUGGUUGUGGAGAUAUUGGGACUGUUUAUCUAGCUGAAUUGGUGGGUUCUGAAUGCAUGUUCGCAUUGAAAGUUAUGGAUAUCGAGUACCUGAUAAGUAGAAAGAAGAUGCUUCGAGCACAAACUGAGAGGGAGAUCCUGCAAAUGCUCGACCACCCAUUUCUUCCAACUCUGUAUUCUUUUUUCACGACCGAUAAUCUGUCUUGCCUAGUCAUGGAGUAUUGCCCUGGCGGUGACCUGCAUGUUCUACGACAGAAACAGCCUACCAGGACCUUUUCAGAAGCUGCUGCUAGGUUUUAUGUUGCUGAAGUUCUCCUAGCAUUGGAAUAUCUACAUAUGUUGGGGGUCAUAUAUCGCGAUCUGAAACCAGAAAACAUACUUGUUCGUGAAGAUGGGCACAUUAUGCUCUCUGAUUUCGAUCUGUCCCUGAGGUGCUCAGUAAAUCCAAUGCUUGUAAGGGCCUCAUCAGUAGGAAGAGAUGAACCUAGUAGACCUUCUGGCCCUUGUGCGGAAAGCUGCAUUGAUCCACUCUGUAUCCAACCGUCAUGGGCCAAUUCUUCUUGCUUCACGCCUCGGCUAGUUUCCUCUACCCCUUCCAGGCCACGGCGGCCGAGGGGUGAGC